GUACCACCUUUGAUUUUCAUCCAUCGCCCACCAUGUUUCCAUGAUGACUCUACGAGUUCAUCUACUGUGUUGACAACCGGUGAGAGAGGUCAGAAGUGCGUGCUUACUAGUAGCUUGAGGUCAGAGCUAUCCUGAUAAGCUUGACGACGACACGGCCACCCAAGGACAGAAUGGCAUCAACCUCAACAUCAGGCUGGUCAGACACCACCAGAACCACCACGAACAACAACGAUGGAGCCGAACGUGUUCUCUGUUCAAGAAGACAUUUCUUCGAAGUCAACGACCAACCAUGGUUCCCACCGUAUCUCCGCGAAAAAGUCCAAGAUUACCUAACAUUAGGCUGGACGAAUCGCUUCCCCAUCAUCCAAAGCAUCACACCCGCUGCCCUCGCCGCACAAAUCCUCACUCAAGUUCUCGGUCUCUCACGAGUGGGCGAAUACGUCUAUGUUGAUUUCGCAUCUGGAGCCGGUGGACCCACUCCAUAUAUCGAACAACACCUAAAUCGAACGUUACGAGAUCAGCGUCAACGUCAACGUCAAAGCCAGAGGAAGAACCAGGAUCAGGAUCAGGAUCAGGAUCCAGUUCAAUUCGUCCUUACUGAUAUUAAUCCCCAUGUUUCGGCAUGGGAAGCUAUUACCAAGAAAUCGGAUAAUGUGGCUUAUGUGAGGAAGAGUGUGGAUGCGACGGAUGCGCCUGAGGCGAGUGAGUUGUUGGAUUGUGUGGCGGGAGGAAGGGUGGAAAAGAAAAAGAAAAAAGUCAUGAGGUUGUUUAGUUUGGCGUUUCAUCAUUUUGAUGACGAUCUGGCGGUAAAGGUUUUGGAGAAUACGGUCAAGACUUCAGAUGGGUUCUGUAUCUUCGAGCUUCAGUCUCGACACUUGUCCUCCUUCAUCACCAUUACCCUAUUGUGGCCGCUCGCUAUGGCUAUUACUCCGUUCUACUUUGGCAACUCCCUGGGCCAUCUCUUCUUCACAUAUCUUGUGCCCAUUGUUCCGCUCAUCUGGGUCUAUGAUGGAUAUAUCUCCUGUCUGCGUACCCGAACCCCGAAUGAGGUCAAGGCCUUGUUACGAAGUCGUGUCUCAGAUGAUGAGCUUCAAGGUUGGACGUUCAAAUCAGGACAGAGUUGUCAUACGUGGCCGAUUGGCUGGUUCCAUUGGAUAAUCUGCUACAAGAAUGAUGAUAAUGGGAGGAUUGCCUCAGAUCAAUGACAUGGCCCUUGGAUGUCGAGGCUGGCCGAGACAAAAUAGAUUCUUCAGCAACGGGAAAUACCAGUUCAAUCCC